GCCAGUGUCCCUCACACUUGCCCUGUUCUGCGGCAGACAGCCCCAGCUCCUCUAAUCCUCCUGUUUCUCCUCCCCCGCCUAAAACUCUCUUCUUGAGGAGUAACAGCUAUAGCUUUGUGGAUAAUAUAGCUUUAAGACAACUUUUGGCAGAUGCAAACGUCCCAACAUCUGGGCAGUGUUACCAGAAUCCCAGAGGCCCUGACAGACCAGGAGCCACUGGUUCUAGGAAUGUUAAAAUAGAAGGUCUUUCCCCCCACGACUGAUGAGAGGAGCAGAGAGCAAAGAGAAAGAGGAGAGAGAACGAGACCGCAAAAAAAUAAAAUAAAAAACAGAUGCAUGUUCCUGCUCUCUUCUCGGCUUCCAGCAGAAGGAUGGCUCCCUCCGAUCCCAUCUAUCUGCUUAUUCUCACUUUUGCAAGUUCAUAGCUGACUCGGUUCUGAGAGUCAUUUUCCCUUACCCCGAUUCUUCGAGCCACCUAGCCCCCCCUCUUCUGAAGCUUCCCUGUUAAGGAUGGCUGGUCAACUGACUCAAGGAGGUGCUCUCCCCCUGCUGCUCUUCCUAACGCCAGCAGUGACCCCAACAUGGUACGCAGGAUCGGGCUACUCUCCAGAGGAAAGUUACAAUGAAGUAUAUGCAGAAGAGGUCCCAGCCGCCAGGACCCUGGACUACCGAGUCCCCAGAUGGUGUUAUACAUUGAAUAUCCAGGAUGGAGAAGCCACAUGCUACUCACCAAGGGGAGGAAAUUAUCACAGCAGCCUAGGCACACGUUGUGAGCUCUCCUGUGACCGUGGCUUUCGACUGAUUGGACGGAGGUCGGUGCAAUGCUUGCCAAGCCGCCGUUGGUCUGGAACGGCCUACUGCAGGCAGAUGAGAUGCCACACACUGCCAUUCAUCACUAGCGGCAGCUACACCUGCACAAAUGGGGUGCUGCUCGAUUCCCGCUGUGACUAUAGCUGCGCCAGUGGCUACCACCUGGAAGGUGAUCGCAGUCGCAUCUGCAUGGAAGAUGGCCGAUGGAGUGGAGGCGAGCCUGUAUGUGUAGACAUAGAUCCACCCAAGAUCCGUUGUCCUCACUCACGAGAGAAGAUGGCAGAGCCAGAGAAACUAACCGCUCGCGUGUACUGGGACCCACCCUUGGUGAAAGAUUCUGCUGAUGGUACCAUCACCAGGGUGACACUUCGGGGCCCAGAGCCCGGUUCUCAUUUUCCUGAAGGAGAACAUGUGAUUCGUUACACUGCCUAUGACCGAGCCUACAACAGGGCCAGCUGCAAGUUCAUUGUAAAAGUACAAGUGAGACGCUGUCCGGUUCUGAAGCCACCACAGCAUGGCUACCUCACCUGCACCUCCGCAGGGGACAACUACGGUGCUACUUGCGAAUACCACUGUGAUGGUGGCUAUGAACGCCAGGGCACCCCAUCCCGAGUCUGCCAGUCAAGUCGACAGUGGUCAGGAUCACCACCUAUCUGUACUCCUAUGAAGAUUAAUGUCAAUGUCAACUCAGCUGCUGGCCUUCUGGAUCAGUUCUAUGAGAAACAGCGGCUCCUCAUAGUGUCAGCUCCCGAUCCCUCCAAUCGGUACUACAAAAUGCAGAUCUCCAUGCUGCAGCAAUCCACCUGUGGACUGGACCUGCGGCAUGUGACCAUUAUUGAGCUGGUGGGGCAACCACCACAGGAGGUGGGGCGCAUCCGGGAGCAACAACUAUCAGCCAGCAUCAUUGAGGAGCUCAGGCAAUUCCAGCGCCUCACUCGUUCCUACUUCAACAUGGUGUUAAUUGACAAGCAGGGCAUUGACCGGGAACGCUACAUGGAGCCUGUCACCCCUGAGGAAAUCUUCACAUUCAUCGAUGACUACCUGCUGAGCAACCAGGAGCUGGCCAGGCGUCAGGAGCAAAGGGACGUCUGCGAGUGACCUUGAGCCAGGAUGUGGCUGAGGUCAAGUGCAGUGUGCAACUGUCCUAGGUAGCUUAAACCGAGGAGGAAAUGUUUGCCCACAGUGUUGGGAGCAGGACUCAGGUGAGGGGUGAGGUUUGCCAAAUCUAGUACAGCUCCAGACAACAUUUUAGGGGAGAAUAUUUCUUUACCUAAGCAAGGCUCCACUUCAGGUAGCACUGGAAGAACACACGAAAGUAGGUAGGGACUGAGAAGAGGCCCUGGGCAGUGGGUUGGGGGGUAGAUGGGCUUCUCCUGACUACAGCCUCUGCCUAGCUCUCCAACAUCUUUCCGAUAAGUAAAUCCUAAAGUCAUUCAUUUCCUGUGGCGUCAAUGGCUCCUUUACUCUAUGGUGACAGCAGAGGGCAGCAUCACAACAGACAAGCAGGACACGUUAAACAAGUACAAGCAGAUUUUCCUUACAGUUCAUUAACUGUAUGAAAAGCAGGAGAGGGGUGACCAGGGUCUACAAAACAUUCUUGAAGCUGAUUGUCAUUUCCCAUUUCGGGACACUGGGCUAAAAAAAAAAAAAUGUUGCUUGAACCAUUGCUUCAUCAAGAGUUAGAAAAACAUUUUCUCCAGUUUGGGAAGCAACACCCAGCCAGAGCAGGAAGUUCCCUCCUAGAUACUCCAAAUAGCUUGUGGGCAAGAACUUCUGCCUAUGAGGUCUUCAGUGCUUUAAUGCCCCUGGGGCGGCGGCCCUUCAUUAGAGGUUCCCCCGUCUGUGAACCAGACCGCCUCUAGGAAUUGGAGACAUAGCUCAGCUGGUAAAAUGCUUCCCAUGUAAGCAUUUGGAUCUGAGUUUUCUCCCCAGAAUCCCUGUAAAACGGCUAGAUGUGGUGGUGUGCGCUUGGCAUCCCAGUGGAGAGGUAGAGAUAAGCAGAUCAGUGGGGUUCACUGGUCUGGAAGUCUAGCCUAAUGGUGAGUACCAGGCCAAGUAAGGAAUACUUUCUCAAGCAACGUGAUAAAUGGCAUGAGGAACAAAACCCAAGACUGGCCUCUGAUCUCCAUAAGCUCCAUACACAGGCACAUACGUGUGCAUGCACAUGUGCACACAUACAUAUAUACACACCGCCACCACCAAACGUAGCAGGAAAGCAAAAGGGAUAGGCUCAUGCAUUAACUUCCUCAGAUACCCACUUUUAAGAUAUGAGCACGGAGCAGGUAGCUACAGGAAUCAAAGGUCAAGGUUAGGAACGAGGCCUGGAAGUAAACUUGAGGGUGGACUUUUGGGAAAUGGGGCCACACAGAGAACCCUGCCUUUCCUUUUUCUUUCUUCCUUUGUCUUGCAUCUUUUGUGUCCACCCCAGCCCCCUCUUUGCUGGGCAAUAAAGGCAGGAUCUUCCACACGCCAAACACUGCUGCUGAGAUGCAUCUCCGGCUGCAGGUUUCUGCUCUGCCUUGUGUCUCCCAAGGGGUGUUUCACCAGGGUCUGAAAAAAGAUGUUCUUCCCUUGCUUCUGAGAACUGCCUCUUAGACAAUGAUGGAAGCCAGAGACAUAGUCAAGGCUCAGCCACCCUGUUCCUUCCAUUUUCUCCUGGGCACCAUCAUUGGGCAACUGGAAGCAGCAGCGAGCAGGCUGGGUGGGGAGACAGAACUAACAAUGCUCAAGAAUGCACUUGUAUCAGGUGCCAUUAUAAACACACUAUUGACUGACUCAGACGUGUCACAAAGAGCCAAAGGAGGUAGGUAUUGUUGUUAGCUCCCAUUGACGCAUUAAAGGAAUUGAAUCUCAG